AUGAAAAAAUAUAUAUACAGAAUAGGAGUUUGUGCGGUUGGAAUAUCCCUAGCCAUGUGCAGUGCUUUAAUAGAGCCUGCACUGUGGAACCAUUUGAUAAGAACAAUCGGCGUAAUCGAAGAAACGUACACAGAGUGUAUGCAUGGAGCCAACAGCAUAAGAAGCAUGGAAAAAAACAAAGAGUCCGCGGAUGUUAUGACGGAUAUUAUGAAGGAUCUGCACCACAUAUACAUGGCCAAUCAGAAUGUGAACUAUCUGGCAUACUUGCUAGAAAACAACAUUCUAUCCUAUAAAAACGUAAGAAAAACAUGCAAAAAAAUAAGAAGCCAUAUCCAAAGUCUGCACAUAUGCCAGAGAACCGAUCUAUAUAAGGACAUGCACAUUUGCAUUAAAAAGUACAACAGAAGCAAAAUGCCACGGGAAAACAUUGUGUUUCUCCUAGAGCACUGCAUGUUCAUAGAGUUUGCUGUUAAAAGGCUGUUGAGCAAAGAACAGGAAUUCUUUCUUGAAAACCCCUGGCAGCGUAGAAAAAAGUAUGCUGUUACGCAGAAGCUGGUAAACAUAUGCCAAAAAGCCAAACAAAAAACCCUACAGUGUGCGUGCAGCUAG